GCCGCGCCCGAGCCGCCAUGUCGGCCUCGCAGGGAGAGCCCGGGUCGGGCCCUGCGGCGGGAGCCCGGUUCUUCUGCACCGCGGGCCGCGGCCUGGAGCCCUUCCUGAUGCGGGAGGUGCGGGCGCGGCUGGCGGCCACGCAGGUUGAAUAUAUUUCAGGAAAGGUUUUUUUCACCACCUGUUGUGAUUUGAAUAUGCUGAAGAAAUUAAAGUCUGCAGAGAGGUUAUUUUUGCUGAUUAAAAAGCAGGUUCCACUUACUGUUUCUUCUGUAAGUAAAGGAAAAAUAUUUAGUGAAAUGCAAAGACUUAUAAAUGAUGAUCCAGGAAGUUGGUUGAAUGCCAUGUCUAUUUGGAAAAAUCUUCUUGAACCUGAUGCAAAAAAGCAAAAACUCUCUCAAAGAGAUGCUAACCCACUAAAAAGAAAAGUGGUAGAAAAUGAAAUCAUUGUUGCAAAGAAAUUAAGGAUAGAACAAAUGCAGAAGAUAGAAGAGCACUGGGAAUGCCAACUGGAAAAACAAAUAGACCAAGAAGCACUGGAGCAAAGGGAUUUUAUCACUAAAAGAGAAAAAUUUCAAGAAGAAUUUCAGAAUGAUGUAAAGAAAACAACUAAUACUCUUAACCAGAACGACCUGACUUUCAGAGUUUCUUGUCGCUGCAGUGGAGCUAUUAGAAAGGCCUUUACUUCACAGGAAGCAGGAAGAGUAAUUGGAAUUGCUCUUAUGAAACAGUUUGGUUGGAAAGCAGAUUUGAGGAAUCCAAAUUUAGAGAUCUUUAUACACCUAAAUGACAUUUACUCUGUGAUGGGGAUUCCUAUGUUCAGGGUGCCUUUAGCCAGCAGAGCUUACAUCAAGACAGCUGGACUGCGAUCCACCAUAGCAUGGGCAAUGGCAUCUCUUGCUGAAAUUGAGGAUGGUGCAUUUGUUUUGGAUCCAAUGUGUGGACUUGGAACAAUACUUUUGGAAGCUGCUAAAGAAUGGCCAGAUGUGUAUUAUGUGGGUGCUGAUGUCAGCGACUCACAGUUACUAGGUGCAUGUGACAAUCUGAAAGCUGCAGGCCUGAAGGCUAAAAUUGAGUUACUUAAAGUCUCUGUUAUAGAAUUGCCAUUGCCUUCAGAAAGUGUCAGUGUUAUUAUUUCUGACAUUCCAUUUGGGAAAAAGUUUAAGUUGGGAAAGGAUAUCAAAAGCAUUCUACAAGAAAUGGAAAGAGUGCUUCAUGUCAGUGGAACCAUUGUAUUGUUGCUUAGCGAAGAUCACCGCAAGUGCCUUAAAGAUUGCAAAGAGAGCGGCAGCCCUUUGAAUUCCAAGGGCAGCGACACAGAUGAACCUGGGAUUGAAAGGUGCCCGAAUCCUGAAGAAAAAACUAACAUAUCUAAAACAGUGUUAUCUUCAUUCAAAGCCAAUAACCAGGAAUGCUUAGACAAAAUGCCACCGUUUGGCUCUUUGGUGCCAGUGGAAUGCUACAAAGUUAGCCUUGGAAAAACAGAUGCAUUCAUAUGUAAAUAUAAGAAGUCACACUCUUCUAGACUAUAGCAGGCUGCCUGUCAUAAGCCCGACUCAAGUCCUUGCACAUAGCUGUACAGGAGAAGUUUGUUGUCUCUAGGAUUCUUCAUAGUGUCCGCAGAGUUCCAAGGAAACAAAUUGCCUUGAAGUCAGGAGGUGUGACUCGCGGACACAGGUUUUAGAGGUUCUGCUUUAUACUCUAAAGUGCUUACUGUUUUGGCAAAGAACAUUUAGUGAAUAUUUUUAAAAGACUCCUUAAGUUCUGUCUUCUGCCAGAAUGUAAAAAGAUCCGUUCUGCCAUGCAUUUUUUCUGAGCAGAAGCUUCAACUUCACAAUAAAAGUUUUCAGGGGUUCACAUAAGUGUAUCAAAACACAGGGUCAGUGAUAUUUUAACUCUCAGAUUUUUAGAAAUGUAAAAACCUUUAUAUGUAACUUCUUUUGAUAUUAAACUUGAUUUUUUGUACCUGUAAUUUUCUUCUCCAUUGGAAUGAAAGUAAUUUUAUUUGCAAUGA